AAUUCGUUGUUUGCCAAAAAAGUGUAGACGAUUUUCUACACGAUUUCGUAAUACAUGUGUGUGCAACUGAUUUUUAGAAUUAUGGCGAAACUUGACGACUUUUUGGGGAAGAAGAAGGAAACUGCGCCGAUUUUAGACUUGUCGAAAAGUGUGGCUAAUAAUCAAGAGGAGUUUAAGAGACUUUUUGAGAAGGUGCCCGACUUUAAGAUCAAGCAGGAGAAGGUGCACAUUGAAAGUAUUAAAAUUCGCGAUAAGAAGUUUAAGUUCAAGUCGGGGAAAAAAGAUGUGAAAGCGAUGAAAGAACCGUAUACUUUUCUCGAUCCCUUGCCGAAAGAAAUGCGAAAUUUGAAAAUUAGUGAGUUGGCGGCUGUUCCGAUCGAUUGGAAGAUGCUGACGACGGUGAGGCCCAAAAGCAAGGUCGAGGAAAGCUAUUUUUCAAGAUUGGUCGAAUUAAAAAAAUUCGAAAACAAAACCCGCGCCUUUGAAAAGCGCCAAUACUCCAUCGAUCCACAAAUCCGCAAAACCAAAAAUAAAUCCGGAGUUGUGGAACUACGAGUAGUGUCUUGUACCGACUGUGGUGAAGAUUUUUGUGACGGCAAGGCGUGUAGUAAAUUCACUUACGACUCGUUUGCUCGAACUCCCGAAGUGACCAAAAUCGCCCAAAAGUUGAGCCCAGAAUCAUCUAAAGCCGAUAAACCCAAACGCAAAUUUAAACGGAAACCACGCUCUAAGAGUAAAACCAAGCGCAAAAGCAAAUCGAAAUCACCAAAGAAGAAAACUGCGGGAUAAAUAUGCCUGUUCCGGACAGUUUGAGAUUUAAGUCUAAAAUCAAUGAUACAAAAAACACUUUUAGUAGUAUAGUAGUAUGAUGUGGCAAUGAACACCAUUUAAAACAGCUAGGAACGCGAAAUUUAAUGAAAACAUUAAAACUGUAAUCUUCAUUUUAAUUACAUUACUCCGUGAAAAUAAAAUACGGAUUUUUUA